CCUCUCUCUCUCUCUCUGUCUUUCUUUGGGGUUUUGUCUCUCGCUGCUUCCUAUCUCAUGGGGCAAGCUUUUGGGUAUGAAGGUCGAAUUCGUGAAGAGAUGCAAGCAGCCAUCCGAAAAGAGGCUGCACACAUUUUGCUGAGCGGGCGCUAUUUGAAGGCGUCAUGGCAAAGGCCAGGUCCUGCAGCCUUGGCGCAAGUCCUGGAGCAGAUCUAUCAACACAGACAUGCUGCGACCAUGUUUGAGCUUUUUCGGAAGACUGCAGAAGCUUUGCCUCUGAAAUACCCCUUGAGCAGUGAGUAUCUGGUGAUGUGCGACUUAAGGGGCUGCUCCACCGUCAUGGAUGUGGCAGCCAUCUUCUUGGAGAGAGUGGUGGCACAGCAUCUGCACCAGGAAGCGGAUCAGAGACUGUGGUCCACAGCGCGAGCGGGUCAUGGAGCAGUCUCGGCCUUUUGCUGGGGUAUCUCCUACAUCACCUGCACAUGUUGCUGCGUGGGCCAAUACGAGCAGAAGAUCAAGUUCCCUCUGGGUGGAUGUGGCUGUAGCCCGAAGCACACGAGCCCUUCACGAAGGGUUCGGACGUCCGCGGACGUUCCGCUCCCGCACACGACGCAGCGCCAGGACCUGGCGCUGGCCGAUCUGCGCUGCGCGAAGCAGGGCAUUCUGCCGCUGAGCGCCUUAGCGGUGCGCUGCGUCCUGGAGCGCCUCACCUCGUCCGCACCGUCCGCGUCCGCGGCGUCGGCCACGUCGGCCACGCGCUACGCUCAGGAGGAGGUGAAUACGACCUCUAUGCCUUUGGGCGUGCUAGGCUCGGAGGCUCUCGCGGCCAGUGAUCGGCCCUGGAACUGGCCGGAGCUGCGGUCCUUGUACGGAAGGCAUGCUUUUGCCACCACGGGCUAUGAGCGGCGCCAGCGACAAAGAGAAGAGGAAGCACAGGAGGCAGAAAGGAGGUCUCAUCCCUACAGCAGCUUUGAGGUGCUCGCGGACGUGGAAAACACGAGCUGCCCGCUCAAGGCGGGAGACCUCGUCCAUCCGGUGGAGAUUCAUCCAGGAAUGCUCAUGGAGUCGGCGACGGGUGCUCACUACGAUAUGAUCGGGGAGGAUUCUGAGGCGCUGAUGGUUCCCACCAGCCACUGGUGGCUGGCCAUGGAUGAGAUUCUGAUUCUGGAUGCUCCGGAGUCUUUGGAGGAUCCGGUGGAGCGGCUGAGCGAGGAGCUGAAGCCAGAGCAGCAUCAGAUGUUGGCUCCGGGAGAUUUGGUGAGGUCCUCGGAGGCCAAGCUGCAUCCGGAGUUCCAGGCUGUGGAGCCGGGCCCCAAGGAUUUGAUUCACAUCUUGACCUUGGACGGAAGACUCAUCUUUACAGUAGCUGCUGAUGAUUACUUGCUGGACUUUCCUCUUUCAAGCUUGACUCGAAAGGUCUCAGAGUCUCUCCAUCUCAAUGCCCUCUUGCAGCUGGAGCUGGUGCCCAGCAGCGGGAUCUCUCUGGAUGCCUCGAAGCCCUUGUCGUCUCUGAAGGCCGCCCGCGAUGCCUCACCCUCUGGGCCUCUGGAGUUGGUGGCGACGCUACGCGUCACCGGGCGGCUCUACGCGCCCUGGGUGCCCCUGGCGGGCGGCGGCGUGGUGCGGGCCUUCGACGAACACCUCGCGCCGGUCUUGAAACCCAUCCAGUCGCCCUUCUUACACGAAGGGCUCUUGGACUUGGACCGCCAGCGGCUCUUCUUCGACGGCGGCAACAGCGGGUCCGGCGGGUCUGCGGCGGAGUUCCCGGAGCUCGGGGCGCUGAGAAGCCAUUGGCUGGAACUGUUGGAGGAGUGGCAACAGCUUUGGAGCAAGCAUCGGGAUCAAUUCUCAGCCUUCGAAGGCCACGUGGGAUGGAUGUCCUUCCCGCUGAAGCUCUGGGGCUUCGAUCUGCCGCGCCAGAUGGCCUUGGCGCCCAAGGCGACCGAGCUCAUGAGGACUUGUGGGAUUCAGGGACUCACCACCUUCACCUACAGUGUUUUGGAGCCCGGUUGUCACAUCAAGCCGCACCGGGAGCACGUGGGCACCUCCGGCGUCCGAGCCCAUUUGGGGCUCCAAAUCCCGCCCUGCUGCGCGGUGCGCGUGGGUCCCAACGCGCUGAAGUGGCGCGAGGGGCACUGGACGGUCUUCAACGGAAACCGGAGCCAUGAGGUGCUGAACAUGGAUCGGAAGGAGCGUGUGGUGCUGUUGAUCGACUUCGGUGGUCCAGUCUUGAAGCCGCAGAGGUGGCCCAAGUGGCUUCAAGAGCGCAUGGAAGCCAAUGGCGUCCAUUUCGAGAAGACAGAGAAAGAGAGCGAAGAGAAGGAUGCAGAUGACCCAGAUGGAGCACCCCGUCGCGUCGAAGUGGCUCGCGCUGCUGAAGGUCAAUGAUGCUGGCCAAAGUGCCGGCGAGAUGAAUCUGCGCGGAGCAGCAGGGAACACACCGGUUGGUCUUUCGCAUAGAAGGAUUUUGUUGAUUGGCAUCAUGAAGGUCUUUGUUAGGAACUUGGAAGCUAC